AAACCCUAAACCUCAGUCAUCCUCACGCUUUGCACAUCUGUUUAGCUCCUUUUCUCAUCAGCUGUUUUCCAGUCUCGAAUCUCCAGAAGGUUGUUCCGGGAUCGAACCGUGGAGUGCGGGCUUGAAUCUUUUUAGCUUCUUUGAUUUGGGUUUCUUGGAUAGGGGAGGUAAGGUCGGCGCCAUUUUGGGUUGAAUUUAGUUCAAGGUAGGCGAAGGCGGGCAAUUAUGACGCAGAAGGGUGGACUCUUCAAAGGGCAGAAGAAGAAGACAGCUGCGCCCAAUCGCCACGGGAAAGAAAUUCACAUACGCAAAGGUAGGCAGUUCAAGCCAUCUGCAAAGAAGGAGAAGAAUCUUGAUGGACAAGAGGAGGUGACAAAGUUUAUCAAUGCUGCCAACGAAACCAAGGCAGCCACCGCGGCAGCCAAAGAAGGAGCUCAAUUGCGACUUGUAAAGCCUCCAGAAGGCGUCAGCAAGUCUGCACCAUCAGCAAAGAGGCCUUCCAGGAAACUGUCAAAGAAGUAGAUUUUUGGUUUUUUGUACUUUUCUAGUGGUUUUCGUUUGCCAUUCCAAACAUUUCCCAUAGCUCACUUAGCUUUGAGUGUUGUAAAUUAAAUUCUAAUGCAAUUCUCACUGGUUUGCUAGUAAUUUUAUGAGAUCUUAUGAAAUUCAUUUCUUAUGGUUUCAUUGGCUUUGCUACCUGAGUACCUGCUAGGCUCUUGUGCGACUUUGGACGGUAAUGAUUAUUAUUAUUGUGCUUGUAGCAUUAAGAAAUUCCGGUUAUGGGAGUGGUACUGACUUCAUUUUGUCA